GCAAUCCUUCGAGGAUAUAUUCACAACUACUUACCCCUCCCAUCCCGCAUUCUGAACUAAAAUAUCUCCGAUGGAAGCCACUUCAAAAUCAAGCGACCUCGACAUCGCCCUCUUCCGGGGAUGGAAGCAAAAUGGCGUCUACGUAUGGUCUCCAUUCGUCACUAAACUCGAGCUCCGCCUCCGUCUCGCAGGCAUAAGAUACACCACAGAAGCAGGCAACCCGCGAACAGCACCAACUGGAAAGAUCCCCUACAUCUCAAUCGCAUCCAAAACCGAGCCUUCUUCGCCCCCGCUCACAAUCGGCGACUCGUCCCUCAUCGCCCAACAUUUUGUCACCGCCGGCCUCAUGCAAGACCUGAACGCGAACUUGAGUGGAACCGAGAAAGCGGUGGAUCUCGCAAUGCAGGCUUUGUUCGAGGAUAAGUUGUAUUUUUUCAACAUGCGGGAACGUUGGAUUGAUAAUUUCUACGUGCAGAGGGACCAGGUGCUUGAAGAUGCGCCGUGGCUGGUGCGGUGGCUUGUGGGGGGGAUGAUUUAUCGGAGUCACGUGAAGACGCUUCAUGGGCAGGGCACGGGACGGUUCUCAGCGGCGGAGGCGAGGGGGUUCAGUCGCGAGAUUUGGGCGAGUUUGAAUGGGAUGUUGGGGGAGAGUAGGAAGAAGAAGCCGUCUUCGGAGGGGAAAGAAUGUUUCUGGUGUUUGGGUGGGGAGGGGCCGACGAGUUGUGAUGCGGCGGUGUUCGGGUUUGUUAGUUCGGCGUUGGUUGCGGAGAGUUCUCCGGAGUCAAGGCUACUAGUCAAGUCUUUGGACGCGGUGACGGACUACGCCAAUAGGAUUCACGAGAAGUAUUUCCCGGAUUAUGAAAAAUGGACUUGAAGGCAGCUUCUUUGUGGUGUUGACUGUUGAGAGACUGCGGGUUUGGAGAAAUCUUUAACUGCCGUCGAAUGACAUGUGAGAUGCAUGGACUUUGUGUAACCGGAACAUCUCACCAGAGUCCGUUAAGCUAUUGAUUCCCCGAGGCUAUGUUCAGUCACUUGACCAGUUACCAACUGGUACCGAGCUGGCGGAAACGAGGAUGGGUGGACAAGUUCCAGGAGAGGAGCCCCAUCGCAUUUAUCGUCGCGCUUUUUCAUCCAAUAUCUCGCACGAGCACCACAAGGUCUGCCCCGUUAUUUUUGAUAAUCGUGGACAUGCCCAAAGCUCAAGGCCCCAAGGAGGAUAGUAGC